AUGGCCAAUGAGGAUGGCACCAGCGGGCUUGGGUUUGACGACCCGAGCUUCGGAUUCAUAGGCGGUGGCCCCGUGCCUCUCGAUGCAAUCUCAGAUCCUCCAAUUCUCCCCAACGGCGAUCCCUCCGGCGUUUUCCUAGAUGCUGGCGUCUGGUCUUUAGAUGCCUCGCCGCAAACCAGCUCGUACGACAUCAGCAGUGCCAGCAACACCGCUCUCCCCUCAGCGCAUCCAAGAUACUUGUGCCCGUCCUGGCCGUCCCCGACCUUCGACCCCCGACAGCAGCAACAGCUACCCGAUUCUUCCGGUUUUGGUGGCUUCGGUCUGCACCACAUCGAUGCUAUGUCAGUCUACCUCUCCAGUCAAGUGGCUACCAAGCGGGGAGCUGCCCUCCCCGUGUCAAAAGCUCCCCUACGCUCUGUGACUAAGUUGAGUCCUGCUGUGCAGGAACAGCUGCGAAACAUCGCCAUGCCCCCUCAUCUUCUGUACGGAUCGCCCAAGAGCGCCUCCAGCCCCGAGUCGGCGAAGACGGGAAUCAGCUCAUCGCCUGACGUCUCUGGAGGCUCCGAUAGAGACUCUCGGAAGCGAAAGGCUUCAGCUGAUGACUUUGACGACGAUGACCUUUUUGAGGAAGGCGGUAAGCCGGUCAAGAAGACUGCUCACAACAUGAUUGAGAAGCGCUAUCGCACCAACAUCAAUGACAAGAUUGCCGCCUUAAGAGAUAGUGUCCCUAGCUUGCGUAUCGUGUGCAAGAGCGCACGGGGAGAGGACACGACCGAAGGCCGUGAAGAAUUACAUGGUCUUACACCAGCCCAUAAGCUCAAUAAAGCAACUGUUUUAAGUAAAUCCACGGAAUACAUUCGGCACUUGGAAAAGAGGAAUAACAGACUCCUGGAUGAAAAUGACGUCAUGCACCAGAGAAUCGCCGCUUUCGAGAAGCUACUCAUGGCUGGUGCCAUGAAUGGUUCUAUUCCUUCGAUGCAGCAGCCCACACCGAUGCAGUAUCCCCAAGAUGGCCAAUCCCAGCAACAGUCACAGCAAUCCUAG